AGCAAUUUCCAAAUUGGAUCGAGUUUGGUUUAAUCGGCUUAAAGAUCGUUGAUCCCAAAUUUCUCUGAAGUGAUGAACGGCGCAUCACCGGCUCAUUCUUUGGUUUCGACGACCGCCGUAGCUGGUGGCGGUGGAAGCAGUGGCGCCGCCGCUGGUCUAGACGAUUUCCAUUUUCCACCGGAUAUUCCCUCUAUGCAAGAGCGAAAAGACGAAGCUAUGCGUGUUUUGAAAGCUGAUUUGAUGGCUGAACUUGACAAAGAGGUUAAAUCUUUGGAAGAAGAUAGUUGGAUGUUCGAAGGUACUCGUUCUCGAAUCCAUCUUAUAUCAAGAAGAGCUAACUUACUAAAGAAAGAAGGUGGAGCUGUGGUGAAAUCAAGCUUUGUUCAGCUUCUCAGAUGAUCGGAUUCAAGUAAGAAAAUUCAGAAAUGGUUGUAUAAGCUUUAUUUCGUGGUCGUCACAAAUGUCACUAAAACGUUGACUUUAUUUUUUCCCAUUUUAAGGGACAAAAUAGCUUUUUUCAAUGGUGUUAAUAAUUUUAUACAAGUGAAGGAAAUCAUUAUUCGUUUAAUGAGUCUAUUAACAACACUAAAAUGAGAUUUAGUAAUUAUA